AUGCGCAGGCCUUUGCAAUCGCAUGCUUCCUGCACCGAACUCACUGAAUCCACCUUUGUCCGGGCGCCAAGCCCAGUCCCAGGUAUGUCCUCUUUCCAUCGUGCCACUUCCAGCAACCCGUACCGUCGUCGCGGCGGUUCUUCCUCCCUCGCGUCCCGAGGCUCCCAGUUCGAGGGUCGCAUCCUGGCCCGUCACAUGAUUGGCAACGACGAGUGCUCCUGUCUGUCCUGUCGCGACCGUCGCGGAGAGCUCACCCGGGAAGUGCGCAACGCCGUCGCCGCCUUGGUCGUGCCCAGUGUUAUCGAUGUCGACGCGCCCGAUGAGACAGCCCAUCCCGGCGCACCUUCCCGUGAGGCCUCUGCUCCCGCUGCCCGUGUCCCGGUUCCCCCAACGCCUGUCCGUCGCUGCACUGAAGACGCCGUCAUGGUGGUGUCCCCUUCUCCCCGUACCCGUUCCAAGAGAGGCGCCUCCAGCAUCACGAUGCCGUGCUACCAGUCCCGCCAGUCCCCCCACGGUUUGUUCCGUCAGGGCUACAACGGUCCAGACUCGGUGCUCUGCCCCCGCCUUUACGGAGACAUUGGCCACGAGAACAGGGCCGUCGUCGACAAAUUGGUCGUGGUUUCUGGAAGUUACAAGUUUUCCCGUCCCACCGUCUUCGAUGCCGGCUCGUCCUCGGAACCCGGCUCUCUCAGGGCCCGUGCUGCUACCGAAGAGGACGACGCCCUUCGCGCUUUGAAUGACCUUGGAUUGGAUGUCCAGGGCGUCACCACCGGUGUUGCCCAGUUCAUUUCUCCAGUCGUCGAGCAGUGCUUCUUGCCAACCAUGACUAGUAUUGGAGUC